UUAUAAGCACUAACUAAAUAUGUCUAUAGGCCCCGAAAUGCACAUGCGUCGGAGGCUCGGGCCUAUACCGUAGCGUGUCUGUAUCAGACGGCGCGAGACCGCUACGAGGUACGAACGAGUGCUACGGACCCGAUAAAGCGCUCUCUGUAUCGGAACUUUUAAUACUUUUUAUACGUUAUUAUCUUAACUAUGACCUUUAAUUCACUAACUUUCUACUUAAAUUUUGUGACUUAAUAAGUGUGUAAAAUGGCUCCGAUGCGUGUACCGACGGACUUUUCGGAGUUUGUGGACUUUUAUAACUUUUCAACGCAGCAUCCAGAGCGGCAUUUUCGCCAUAAAAAUCAUUCGCGCGACCAUUCCAGGAACCACGUCGUGGACGCUUUGUCGAACUCCAUAAUGGAGGUGAUUAAUACGAGGUUUGUUCCUGAGAAUGCCAUUUUGCCUGACAUGGAGCCCCUAUCGACUCAUAUGGAUAGUCCAUUCAGUCAUGAUAAAAUGAAUAUAACAAUGAACAGGUCGGAUUUUGGUGUGGUUGACGACGAGUUUAUCUAUAGACAUAAUAGUGCAAUGACAGCGGUCUACUGUGUGGCUUAUUUGCUGGUUUUUCUUGUGGGACUUGUGGGCAAUUUCUUCGUUAUUGCCGUGGUGUACCGCUCGCCCCGUAUGAGAACUGUGACCAAUUUCUUCAUCGUGAACUUAGCUGUGGCUGACAUAUUGGUGAUCGUGUUCUGCCUCCCGGCGACGCUCAUGUCUAACAUCUUUGUCCCUUGGGUUCUGGGCUGGCUUAUGUGCAAGACAGUUCCAUACGUGCAGGGAUUAUCAGUCGCCGCCUCCGUCUACAGUCUUGUUGCGGUCUCACUCGACAGGUUCCUCGCUAUCUGGUGGCCCCUCAAAUGCCAGAUCACGAAGCGACGAGCCAGAAUGAUGAUUUUCUUUAUCUGGAUAUUCGCAAUUGUCGUCACUGUACCCUGGGUGUUUUUCUUCGACCUGGUCGUCGUAUUUGAUGAGAGCCCCCACGUUCAUCUCUGUUUGGACGUCUGGCCCAAUCCCAUCAGUGAGGUCCUCUACUUUGUCAUCGGCAACCUUAUCUUCUGCUACAUACUCCCCAUGGUUCUUAUAACUAUGUGCUACAUUCUCAUUUGGAUCAAGGUCUGGCGUCGCUCCAUCCCCACCGAUACUCAGGACGCUCAAAUGGAAAGAAUGCAGCAAAAAUCAAAAGUUAAAGUUGUCAAAAUGCUCAUCGCCGUUGUCAUAUUAUUUGUCCUUUCCUGGUUUCCUCUAUACCUAAUCUUUGCAAGGAUCAAAUUGGGUGGACCUAUACAGAAAUGGGAGGCGGAAAUGUUACCCAUAGUCACACCACUAGCGCAAUGGCUGGGUUCAUCGAACUCUUGCAUAAAUCCGAUCUUGUACGCGUUCUUCAACAAGAAGUAUAGGAAAGGUUUCGUAGCGAUCGUCAAGAGUAGGAAAUGCUGUGGACGGCUCCGUUACUAUGAAACUAUUGCCCUGCAAUCAUCAAGUACGUCAACGAGGAAAUCGUGGCAUUACAAUAAUAACCACGCCUCAAUAAGUCGCCGCUCGCCGCCGGUUGACAAGAAUGCUGUGUCAUUCAUCUUCAACCACACUGGAGUUUAAUUUGCCUUGUUAAGAGAUAUCGGAUACCAAUCAGGCUUUGAGCCAAUAGAAAUCCAAAUGAUUUCGAAUUAAUUAAUACCGAAAACUAGGUUUUCGUAAGAUCUGUAUAUAUGAUAGACAAAGAACAAAACUGCGAUAAAAAAGAACAUAACUUCGAAACGGUAAAGCUGUUUAACAAGUGCAUGUGUACACCUUAUUAGAUAUAGUUAUUAGAGAAAUAUUAGUUUAAUAUUUAAUUCCUUUUGUACAAUGACUUUGAGUCUUGUUUCAAGAUUGAAAAUUAUUAAAUAACAUAAGUACAAAAUUUUAUAACUAUUAUCGUAAAGGAGCUAAUUUUAUUUUCCAGUAGUGCGCAUGUAACAUCAUACUUUUAUAUAUGGACAUCUGACGAAAUAAUAUAAUAUAAGCAAUAACUUAUAACAUUUUAUAUCUUGACAGAUAUAUAGUAUUUUAUAUAAAACAAAAAAUAAGCAUAGCUUCUAAAAACAUUUCAACAUAUGCACAAUAUUUUUAUAGUUCAUAAUAAUAUAGUUAUAUUAUAAAUUUAAAUGUUUGUUGUUGGAUAAUCUAAUACUAUUUUGAAACUCACCGUUAUUGGAAUAAUUAUAACCAUUUGCUAUAUCUAUAUAUUCUUUCAAAAGCGUAUCUAGAAUAUUGUACUUAAUACCUACGCCCAAUAACUUAUCUGCCGAUUUAGGAAGCAUUGAAAGACAUAAUCUAAGAACUUAUUGAAUCUAAUGGCUAAAUUGUUAACCCUUAAUAAAUGACUCUGAACACAUGUUAGUUUAAAAAGCAGCAAUUUAUUACUUGUGUAGACGAUCUUAUUGGUGUAUAAACCUUCAUAGUUUGUCCGAGUGAAGAGACCUUAAGCCGCUCUCGGUAUGUUCCCAUAUACAGUAUUCACUUAACGUCAAAUAAGACUCCUUUGCCUCCAAUUAUUUGCAUAUGUGAUGGUUGGCGACCGUUACUUAGAACUAAUAAAAAAUGUAUUUCACGCUUAUGUUUUUGUAAACCUACAGAUUUUUGUGGCACAGUGUGCACUUUUAAUCA